UACUAGUCUGUCGAACCGAAAAGUUGAUAAGAGCUACGCAAUCAGCGAUUAUCUUUCUCGAAUUAUUUCACGCGAAUCCGGGACGCGUAAUGCCCAGUCGGCAAUUCGGUUUGUACGCCGUCGUAUCCGAUAUGCCUUUGAGCUGCCAUCAAUUUAGAAUAAUUAAGCUUUAAAAUUCAAGUAAACAUGUCUGUCGCCAAAUUUUUCGAAGAUGUGUUUUAUAGAGAUGACGAUCCACCUGAAAUUUACGUUCUGGAGGGGGACUUCUCCCUCCAACCCCUCACACCAACCCAACCGAUGCCGGCCUUCGACGAGCUGGACAGCAAGUUCGCCGAACUUGUCGAGGAACUCGAUCUCUCCGCACCGAACAAGGCGGUCAUGCUGAGCCUUCCGCCUCAGAAGAAAUGGCAAAUAUACUGCUCCAGCAAGAGCCUUUCUGGCGCGAUGGACCCCAGCGAAGCCCCACUGCCCAGCAUCAGCCUUCCACCUUCGCCGGAGCACUACAUCGAACGGCUCAAGGACAUGGCCGUCCAGCUGAAGGCGUCCUCCCAAGAUGAGUCCCCUUCUAACGAGAACAACCUGGAAAUCGAAUCUCACACCGCACUGUUCGACGACCUGAAGGCGGCCCUGCGCACGUCGGCGCACAGCUUCGUCAUUCGUUUUAUCGAGCUGCAGGGUUUUCCGGCGCUACUGGAAAUUCUGAAGGCGUUGGACAUCCGGGUGGCCAACAGUCCGCUGCACACCAGCCUGAUUGGGUGCAUCAAGGCGCUGAUGAACAAUUCGACCGGUCGCACGCACGUGCUGGCCCAUCCCACUGGUAUCGAUAUGAUUGCGCGCUCUCUGGCGGCGGACAACAUCAAAACCAAAAUUGCCACCCUGGAAAUCCUCGGUGCCGUGUGUGCUGUGCCAGGAGGUCACAAAAAAGUCCUGACGGCCAUGCUGAACUACCAGGAGUACGCCACGGAACGAGUUCGAUUCCAGGGUAUCGUCAACGAUCUGAGCAAAUCUACUGGAGUGUACUGGGAUGACGUCAAUCUAAAAACGGGCAUCAUGUCCUUCAUCAAUGCUGUGCUGAGCUACGGAUCCGGACAGGAGAGUCUCGAGUUCCGGUUACAUCUGCGGUACGAGUUUUUGAUGCUCGGUAUUCAACCGGUAAUUGAUAAGCUGAAAAAAUACGAAAACGAAAUCUUGAAUCGGCAUCUGGACUUUUUCGAAAAGGUCCGGGAUGAAGACGAAAAAGAACUGGCGAGGAGGUUCAACCACGAACACGUGGACACCAUGAAUGCCAACGCAAUGUUCGACCUCCUGAGUCGGAAGCUGAAUCAUUCAUCAGCCUAUCCGCAUCUUGUGAGCCUCCUGCAGCAUAUGCUACUCCUUGCAAGCACCGGUCCAAACGCUCAACACUGGUUGAUCUUCGAUCGCAUAGUUCAGCAGAUCGUUCUCCAACAGGAAGGACGUCCUUCCAAUGAGAUCGAUCCUGACAACCAGGACAAAACCUCCCAAUCAGCCCCUAAACCGCAAGAUCCGGAUAUUGCUCCGCUCCAGAUUGAUGUCCGCAAAAUAGUCAAACUCUUAGUUGAAGAAGAGGACCUCGAACGGGAAAACUCCGAAAUCAACGGAAAAUUGGUCAAGAAGGUCAACGAUCUUCAAGGAUGUAACGGUCAAGUACCUCCUCCACCGCCACCUCCACCCCCGCCGAUGAUGGCCGUUCCUCCACCACCUCCCGCCCCCGGAGGUCUAUCCAAGAUAGCCAAUCAACCUGCACCUCCUAAGGUGGACGCCCCGAAGAAGAACAUUCCCCAGCCGGCCAAUCCGCUCAAGAGCUUCAACUGGUCCAAACUGCCCGACAGCAAACUCCAGGGAACCGUCUGGAGCGAUCUGGACGAUACCAAGUGGUACAACAGCAUUGAACUCGAGUCCAUCAAUAAGCUCUUCUGCGCCUACCAGAAGAAUGACGUUGCGAACGAUGGCUUGAUCGCGAAGAAUAAGACGAAAAUUCUGUCGGUGAUCGAUGGUCGACGGGCACAAAACUGCACAAUUGUGCUGAGUAAGCUCAAGAUGAGCGAUAAGGAAAUUUCCAAAGCCAUUCUGUCGAUGGAUUCCAACGAGCAGCUGCCGAUCGAUAUGAUCGAACAGCUGCUCAAGUUUACUCCUUCGGUCGAGGAACGGGCCCUGUUGGACGAGCAUUCCCAGGAUAUCGAUUCGCUGGACCGUGCCGAUCGAUUCAUGUACGAAAUUUCCAAAAUACCACACUAUGAACAGCGUUUGCGUAGUCUGCACUACAAGAAGCGCUUCCAGGCGACGGUGAACGAUCUUUCGUCACGAAUAACCGGCGUGAUAGAAGCUUCCCGCGAGGUGGCUCGUUCCCGGCGGAUGCACAAACUGCUCGAACUGGUGCUGGCUCUCGGAAACUACAUGAACCGUGGUGCCCGUGGCAACGCUUACGGAUUCCGCUUGGCUUCCCUAAAUCGACUGGCCGAUACCAAAAGUAGUGCCGACAAGAGAUCCACUCUGUUGCACUAUCUGGUGCAGAUCAUCGAAAAGAAGUUCAAGGACAUCCUGUUGCUGGAGGAAGACCUGCCGCACGUGAAGGAUGCCUCGAAGGUUUCGCUCGGGGAGAUGAACAAGGACAUCACCGUACUGAGGGCUGGACUGGCCGAGGUCAACCGCGAGAUCGAGUUCCAUCGGAGUAGCGGAGUGCCACAGCUGGGCGACCGGUUUUUAGCGGUGAUGAGCGAGUUCCACGCUAAAGCCUCGGUGCGGUUCACCGAGCUGGAGGAUCAGUUCCAGAAUAUGAAGACGAGAUUUGAUCAAGCGGUGCGACUGUUCGGCGAAGACGGUGCCGUAAUGCAACCGGAUGAGUUCUUCGGUAUAUUUGACGAGUUCCUGUCGGCACUGAUGGAAGCCAAACAGGACAACGAUAACUUCCGGCGGCGGCAGGAGGAGGAAGAGAAACGGGCAAGGCAGGAGGCCGAGCUCAAACAGCGCACCAUCGAACGCAAAGCGAAGGAGAUCCUGCUGAACUCGCUCGCCAAGAACCUGCAGGGUCUCAAGUCGGCAGACAACGGAGACAGCCCGCUAGCCGGCGAUCACCCGAACUACAAAGGCGAGUUUGACGAUUUGAUCGCAGCGCUACGGACGGGAGACGUAUUCGGUGACAACAUGACCAUUGUCAAGCGAUUGCGCAAGACCCGCCAGAGAGUAGCCGCCAGUAACAGCAUUGGCCGGGAGCGAUCAGUCGUCACCAAUCGACAGCACUAGGAACCGUAGGAACAGCAACUCUGAUCUGACACUUUUUUUACCGUGCUGCCAGUCUUUCCGAUUUAAUGUAGUAUUUUGGAAAGCGAAAUUCAGUUUGUUUUUCUUUUAGUCAAUUUUAUAUGAUUCAAAUUAGGUACUCUUGUAUGUAUACUUACACUUACUUCAGCGAAGGUUAGAAG